AUGAAUUCCUCCAUUGUUAGCCUUAUGUGUCUUGCCUUGUUGACGUUUCUUGUAGUAAUUUGCAAGGCAUCAAGAGAUGUAGUGUGCAUACCAAGCGAGAGUGAAACACUUGUGAAGUUGAAGGAUCAUCUCAUUGAUCCUUCAAACAGGCUCUCUUCUUGGAAUGCAACUGCUAAUACCAAUUGCUGUGAGUGGUUAGGAGUUGUGUGCAGUAAUAUAACUGCCCAUGUUGUUGAGCUUCACCUCGGUACUUCACCUCCUUCUGACGAGUACGACGAUGUCGAAUAUGAUGCUUUUCUGAAGUCGAUGUUUGGUGGGGAGAUAAAUCCAUGUUUGGUUGAUUUGAAGCAUUUGAAUUACUUGGACUUAAGCGGCAAUGACUUUGGCGGUAUGCAAAUUCCUGCUUUCCUUGGAGCAAUCACCUCCCUAACUUACCUCAACCUCUCUCAUGCCGGAUUCAGUGGGAAGAUUCCUCCUCAAUUUGGGAACCUCACAAAUUUGGUACAUCUUGGCCUUGCAUAUUAUUACCCUGGAACUGUGUUUGCUGACAAUCUUCGUUGGCUAUCGGGUCUUUCCAAUCUUCAAUAUGUUGAUUUGGACGGUGCAAACCUAUCCAAAUCAUUUGAUUGGCUACAAGCUCUGAAUGCUCUUCCUUCUUUGACGGAGCUUCAUUUAUCAGACUGUAUUCUCCAUCCUUAUGAUCAAUCAUCCUUACUCAACUUUUCAUCUCUUCUCACUCUCGACCUUUCCCUUAUUUCUUCUUCUGUUGUCCCAAAGUGGAUAUUUGGACUGAGGAGACUUGUUUAUCUUCGAUUAAGACUUAAUUCAUUCCAAGGUCCAAUUCCUGAUGGCCUUCAAAACCUCACACUUCUUGAAACUCUUGACUUGAAUUACAAUUCAUUCUCCUCAUCUUUACCUGAUUGGAUAUAUAGUUUUCGUCAUCUCAGGUUCUUAGACCUUUCAUGCAACAACUUGUGUGGAAAUAUUUCUGAUGCUAUGGGAAAUUUGACUUCUCUGGUUGCACUUGAUUUCUCUCACAACUCAAUUCAUGGUGCACUCCCUCCAUCAUUUGGAAAACUCUCGUCAUUAAGACAUCUUGAUCUGUCCAACAAUCAAUUCAACGGAAAUCCAUUUGAAAGUCUUGGAUCGCUCUCUAAAUUGUCAUAUCUUGAAAUUGGUGACAAUCGUUUUCAAGGAGUUGUGAAGGAAGAUGAUCUAGCAAAUCUUACGAACUUAAAGAUAUUUUAUGCAAGAGGGAACAACUUCUCUUUAAAAGUGACUCCUAAUUGGAGUCCUAGAUUUCAAGUUACUAGAUUGACAAUGAGCUCAUGGAAUUUAGGCCCCAAAUUUCCAUCGUGGAUUCAGUCACAAAAAUAUCUUAAAUAUCUGGAAAUCUCUAACACAGGGAUUUCAGAUUCUAUUCCCACUUGGUUUUGGGAAACGUUUUCUCAGGAUUCUUAUUUGAACCUCUCACAUAAUAGCAUCCAUGGUGAGCUUGCAAAUACAUUAAAGAAUCCAAUAUCUGCUCAAAUUUUAGAUCUAAGCUCAAAUCGCUUGAGUGGCCAACUGCCUCAACUUUUUGAAAAAAUGAUCAGAUUAGACCUGUCAAACAACUUGUUCUCCGGAUCCAUGACUGAAUUGCUUUGCAAAAAUCAUGACAAGCCAAAGAAAUUAGAAUUUCUCAACGUUGCAUCAAAUAGUUUAUCAAGGGAAAUUCCUGAUUGUUGGCUAAUGUGGCCAUAUCUUGUGGAUGUAAAUUUACAAAGCAACCAUUUUAUUGGGAACUUACCCUCGUCCAUGGGCUCUUUAGUGUCGCUUCAGUCUUUGCAACUCCGUAACAACACACUUUCUGGAAAUUUUCCUCCUAUUUUAAAGAACACUCGUGAAUUGAUAUCGUUGGACCUUGGGGAAAAUAAUUUUUCAGGAAACAUUCCAGCAUGGAUCGGAGAAAGACUUGUCAAUUUGAAAAUUCUUCGGCUUCGAUCAAACAAAUUUAUGAGUCACAUUCCCAGUCAAAUAUGUGCUUUGAAAUCUCUCCAGGUUUUGGACCUUGCAAACAAUAGUUUCUCGGGCAAUAUCCCAAAUUGUUUCAAUCUCUUGAAUGCCAUGAUGCUGCCAAACAGAAGUACUGAUCCACUUAUCUAUUGUUCCUCAAAUACUUUUUACAGUGUUCUGAGCAUGCUUCUGUGGUUGAAAGGAAGGGGAGACGAGUAUCGAAACAUUCUUGGUUUGGUAACGAGCAUUGAUCUCUCAGAUAACAAAUUAACAGGAGAAAUACCCAGAGAUAUAACAAAUCUGGAUGGAUUGAAUUUUUUGAACUUGUCUCACAAUCAAUUAACUGGUCAUAUUCCACAAAGCAUCGGUAGUAUGCGUUCAUUGCAAUCUAUUGAUUUUUCGAGGAAUCAACUCUCUGGUCAAAUCCCCACAACCAUAUCAAAUUUGAGCUUUAUUAGCUUGCUGAACCUGUCUUAUAAUCAUUUGAAGGGGAAAAUACCAACAUGCACUCAGUUGCAAUCCCUUGAGGCAUUCAGCUUUGUUGGCAAUAAUCUAUGUGGCGAGCCGUUGCCCAUCAACUGCAGUUCAAAUGGGAAAAUUCCUAAUAUUGAUCAAAAUGGCAAUGAGAGUGAUGGACAUGAAGUGAAUUGGUCUUUUGUGAGUAUGGCAUUAGGAUUUAUGGUGGGAUUCUGGGCUGUGGUUGCUCCUUCAUUCAUGUAUAAAUCAUGGAGCUCUGUCUAUUUUUAUAUUAAUUAUGUGUGGUUUAAACUAAACUCGUGUUAUUUAGAAUUUUUUUUGUUAAGACCAAGCAUUGUCAGGUUGGGUUAUCACCCAAAUAUCAUAACCUUCGGUGCACUCAUGAAUGGUCCAUGUCUUAGCGGUAAUGUCAGAAAAGAAAAGCAUUGCAUUUUCAGUUGGACACAAUUAGUUAUGGGACGCUGGUCAAUGGAUUGUGUAAAAUGGGAGAUACAAGAGCUGCAAUCUGAAAAAAAACCGGAGGAAGCAGUUGGUUUGCUCAAUGAAACGGUAUUGAAAAGCAUCAACCCAGAUGUUUAUGUUUAUACCUACAGCACAUUGAUUGAUAGAUUAUGUAAAGAUGGAAAAGUGAGAGAAGUUAAAAAUGUGUUGGCUGUGAUGAUAAGACAAGGUGUGAAACCAAAUGUUGUUAUUUAUAAUACUUUACUGGGUGGCUAUUGCCUCCUUGGUGAAGUAAAGAAUGGAAAUAUGGUUCGAAUUGCAGUAACUUACACUUCUCUUACAGGUGGUUUCUGCAACACUGGAAAGAUCAACGACACUCCAUUUGAAGCCUAUUGCUGUCAGACUCUGGCGAAGACUCCUAGCUUGUAA